AUGGCGCUGUACAACCAAACCGUGGAUUUCCUCUCCGAAUCCUGGGCCAACCAGCGAACACAACUUCCCCUGUUGGCCGUAACGGGCGCAUCCUUCACACUCGGCCUCCUGCUUCGAUCGCUUUUCAAGGGGGACAAGCACAAAGAGGCCAUUCUCGUCUCACCCCGCUCAACGGUUCUGCCUCCGCUGUCGGAAGCGGAAAAUCGCAAACUGCCACUCCCGAAUGACGUGCUGCCCGGUGCGCGCGAUGUCGCGAGCCCGUACGGGUCGAUCCGAGUGUAUGAAUGGGGUCGAGAGGAUGGUCCGAAGGUUUUGCUUGUGCACGGCAUCACCACGCCGUGUAUCGCACUCGGUGGGGUGGCCCAUGCGCUCGUCGAUCGGGGUUGCCGUGUGAUGCUGUUCGAUCUAUUUGGGAGAGGAUACUCCGACUGUCCGUCCGAUCUGCCCCAGGAUGAGCGACUUUUCGCGACGGAGAUUAUGCUCGCGCUGACUUCAUCGCCCAUUUCCUGGACGGGAGCUGGAUCGGGCAAAUUUUGCCUGGUUGGAUACUCCCUGGGUGGUGGAAUUGCUGCGGCAUUCGCCUCUUUCUUCCCUCAACUUUUGUCAUCGCUUGUGCUUCUUGCACCCGCUGGUCUUGUCCGCGCUUCUCAAAUUAGCUUGCAAAGCCGCCUUCUCUAUUCAGGUGGCCUCAUGCCGGAGACUCUACUGGGGUAUCUCGUUGGCCGUCGGCUGAGGGCCGGCCCUCUGCUUGCACCCAAGAAGAAUAAGAAUGAAAAGCUCAGUGCUGCAGAUGCUCUCACCGAGGAAUUGCCGUCGCAAAGCGCAGCUGAGGUUCAAGUCUUGUCUCGCGAGUAUCCUCAUAUCAAUAUUAUGUCGGCUGUGGCCUGGCAAGUCAACAAUCAUGCUGGCUUUGUUCAUGCGUUUAUGUCUAGUAUGCGUCACGGUCCUAUCCUGGGUCAACGUCAGUGGAGUACCUGGGCACGGCUUGGCGAGUAUCUGAGCGCACAGAACAGCACAGUAUCGGAUGAGAAGAGUGAGAAGGGAUUGCCAAGUGAUAAGGUUCACAUCUUGUGUGGCAACACUGAUGCCAUCAUUAACAAAGAUGAGCUUGUUACAGAUGCUACUGCCGUUCUGGGUGGAAACGCAGUCUUCAAGUUCUACGAGGCGGGCCACGAGUUCCCCAGCACCAGAUACGAUGAAGUUGCAACUUACAUUGCUAAGCUGCUGUGA